GGGAGGUUCCCCAGCUCCAAGCUCACCGCCUGUCUGCGCCUGGACACCGCUGUCACCAUGUGGUUCCUGAUUCUGUGCCUUGCCCUGUCCCUGGCAGGGACUGGUGCUGUGCCCCAAAUCCAGUCCCGGAUCAUAGGAGGCUGGGAGUGUGAGAAGCAUUCCCAACCCUGGCAGGCGGCUCUGUACUAUUUCAGCAAGUUCCAGUGUGGGGGCGUCCUGGUGGACCCCCAGUGGGUGCUCACAGCUGCUCACUGCAUAAACGACAAUUACCAGAUCUGGCUGGGUCGCCACAACCUGUUUGAGGACGAAGACACAGCCCAGUUUGCCCUUGUCAGCAACGUCUUCCCACACCCUGAGUUCAACCUGAGCCUCCUGAAGAACCACACUAACCUCCCCGGAAAGGACUACAGCCACGAUCUCAUGCUGCUCCGCCUGGAGGAGCCCGUCCAGAUCACAGAGGCUGUGCAGGUCCUGGAGCUGCCCACCCAGGAACCCCAACUGGAUAGCACCUGCUAUGCCUCCGGCUGGGGCAGCACUGAACCAGAUAAGUUCACAUACCCAGAUGAUCUCCAGUGUGUGGACCUCACUCUCCUGCCCAAUGAGGUAUGUGCCAAUGCCCACCCUGAGAAGGUGACAGAGUUCAUGCUGUGUGCUGGAGACCUGGAGGGCGGCAAGGACACCUGCGUGGGUGACUCGGGGGGCCCGCUGAUCUGCGAGGGUAUGUUGCAAGGAAUCACGUCAUGGGGCCAUAUCCCGUGUGGUAGCCCCAAUAAGCCCGCCGUCUACACCAAAGUGAUUUCACAUGUGGAGUGGAUCAAGCAGACAAUGGCUGACAACCCCUGAAUGCCCCUGUCCUGUCCCUUACUCCCAGUAAAAUCGAAUACGCAUCGAA